GUCUGAGUUGUACGACGCUCCAACUUUAACCUCUUGUGUCAUAUUAUAUUUUGUUACCUUGAAUUCAUGAUGAUAAGUGCUAUUCAUCUUAAAUUUAUUAAAGAGUAUUUCCAAUUGAUUGUAUAGAAUUAUAAUUAUAAUUAAAACCUAAUUAAAUUGCAUCCAACAUUGGUUUGAUUAGUGUACAAGAUAAAGGCAAAUGAUAAAGACCUUUGUUACCACCGGACAUUGGAUAUACACAAGCUCGGUACCUUGUUGAUACAUAAGGGUCCGAGUGAGUGAUCUGAACUCGAACGGAAAUCGCGGCGUGAGAAAAUCAACUCACACAGUAUCUGUGCGGCGCUUAGCAGCAUGCACGUUGACUGGCACGGAUACGGACAUUAAUCUCCCCACAUCACCGCAAAUAUUAGAGGUCUUCAAUAUUCAUUUUUAGGAUUCGGUAUCAUUCUUUUCAUCUUAUUUAUUUUUUUUUUUUUAAGAAUACUGUGUGUCUAAUAAUUACUGUAUGCAUAAUAUAAACAAUUGAUAAAUAAACAAUUUGUUAGUGAAGAGUUUAUUUACGAAUAACUUUUAAGUUUUCGUUUUUUAAAAAUUGUGUAAAUGUAACGGAAGUUGUAAUAACGAUUAGUUUGUGAGAACAAUGUUUAGAAACGAUUGAUCGAGUUAGUUAAUUGGACCCGGGGCCAUUCUAUUGUGUGAUGGAGCAAGUGACAAAGUGUCAAGAAAGUUUGACAAUUUAUUACGUGGGUCUUGAGAGUGAAGUUGGUUGAGUAAUGAUCAUAAAUAGAUGCAUUUUAUAACAAUGCAAUAUAAAAAAAAAAAAAAUUAAUAUUAGUGCAAGGAACCAUCAAUGAUUACUCAUUUCCUUAACACUUUUUUUCACCGACUUUAUUUAUUUUGUAUCCAAAUUAAUCUCUUUUAUUGAAAUUAUGACCCUGUCUCUUUGUACUGCUCUUAUUUCUGGGCAUAGGAGUACUGGCAACGGCUCUAGUAAGAUAAUGCAAGUUCAUCACCAACGACAACCCUCAUCAUUAUCUACUACUAACUUAUCUGUGAAGCUAGCAACAUCUAUUCCAAGUGCACGAAAUCAGCAUACUUGUCAACCAGUGAAUCUUCUAUCAACAUCUAUAACGACAAUGUCAGGAAGGAUAGUCAAUUUUUCUUCACCACUAUACAUCAAUAGAAACUUCGUCUCUUCAUCAGUGCUUUUAUCUAUUAUUGCUUGGUCUGUCACAAUACUAUUGAUAUCGUCUUGCCUUGAUGUUGCUGACGCUGGUUUAGUCAUGGGUCAUUCACUUGGCAAACGGUCCUAUUUCGAUUUAGGCUGCAAGGGUGUAUAUGACAAAAGUAUCUUCGCACGACUUGAUCGUGUUUGUGAAGAUUGCUUUAAUCUGUUCCGAGAACCUCAACUUCACACUCUAUGCAGAAAGGACUGCUUCACGACAUACUACUUCAAAGGAUGUGUGGAAACAUUAUUGAUGCAAGAUGAGAUUGAACAAUUUAAAAAUGCAAUCAAACAACUCCAUGGAGCUGAUCCUGGGGUUUAGGCAAGAUUGCUUCAGGACUAAUUACUUUAAGAGUUGUACUCAAGUUCUAACUCUUGAGGAUGAAGAGGAAAAAUUCCAGGAAAUGAUAGAAUACCUCGGUCGCAAAAAGUAAAAGAAAGAUACUUACAGUGCAUAUACGCCGGUACCAGAGAACAGAAAUAAGUCACGGAUACACAAAAGUUACAAGAUAACUAUUAUCAAUUACCAAACAUUCAUUAAACCUUACUACAAUACAGCAGUUCGUUGAAAAUUUUUAUCAACACUACAAUUCUUGACAGAAUUCCAAGUUUCGUCGUGCCUGGCGACUUAAGCGGAACGAUACCGAAGAUCAUACAUCCUUGUUACAAAUUCUAGUCGACAAAUAUAUUUACGAUGUGUUAAUAUGCCGCAUA